CUCUUCUUCUUUUAUCUUGUAUUUUGUACUCUGAAUGCCGCAACCUGUCCUGUCAUGUCUACGACAAGCAUCUCAGCCAAUCAGCUGCUCGCAUCAUAUCAAGGUGCAGCUUAAAUAAGCAUCUGGUCCCGCCCACUCAGGACACGGUGCUCAAUGAUUGGCUGAAAGUUUCGGACUUGGACUUUCACAUUUCCUUCCUCACACUGGAAUGAAAGCUCGGACACAACAGUAGCUGCUUCCGCGACGUAUUUUCAAAGAAACAUGGCUGACGGCAGUGGGGACACAGUCGAUGCCAAAAAAUGGUUUGGAAAGAGUACCAAGACGGAUGAAGCAUCCACAGGCAAUGGUAAGAUGUCUGAGGAGACGGACUCUGCCCCAGUCACAGCAGAUGUGAACGACCCUUACCGCUACAAGAUGGACUACCCCUCGAUAGGAAUGUGUCUCAUUAUCAACAAUAAGAACUUCAACAAACGCACAGGGAUGAGUACUCGUAAUGGGACCGACGUUGAUGCUGCUACAGUCUUGAAAACCUUUGGAAGCCUGGGGUACAAAAUGGUCAUAGAAAAUGACCUAACUGUGGCUGACAUGAAAAACAAGAUGUUAAGCGUGUCCCAGAUGGACCACAGUAAUUUCGCGUCAUUUGCGUGUGUGUUGCUAAGUCACGGCGAUGAGGGGGUGAUAUACGGGACUGACGGCUGUGAAAAACUAGAUGACCUGAUCAGCUGCUUUAAAGGAGCAAAGUGCAAGAGCCUGGUUGGGAAGCCGAAACUCUUCUUCAUACAGGCCUGCCGCGGAUCACAGCUGGAUGACGGAAUUGAGGCAGACACCAUAGAGACUGACAGCGUGGGUGGACAAGGAGUAGAGAAGAUACCUAUAGAGGCAGACUGUUUGUAUGCUUACUCCACCGCUCCAGGAUACUACUCAUGGAGAAACACAUGCAACGGGUCCUGGUUCAUCCAGUCUCUGUGUGAGAUGUUGCAGAAGUAUAGAGGAGAGCUGGAACUCAUGCAGAUCCUGACUCGAGUCAAUCGCAAGGUGGCGUUCCACUUUGAGUCCAACUCCACCUUACCUGGAUUUGACAGCAAGAAGCAGAUUCCUGCUAUCGUCACCAUGUUGACCAAAGACUUGUACUUUCCUAAAUAGUCUGAUGUCUACUGCCUCUACUGCUAAGAUGUCUACUGACAACUCCACAUCUGAAAGUCCAGACUUUACAUUUUUAACCAUAACAGGAAAGGAAUGAUAUUUUAAUAAUUUGUAUUUUAUCUUUGCAUCUCCACUUUAAUCCAAGUAGGGGAGGGUUAUUUCAGGAAAAUUUUCAGAUUCAACUUUAGCCCAGAUUUUCUAAUGCUCCCAUGUCUUGGGAAUACAAAAAUGUGAAAAAAUUUCAAAUCAAGCCCAAACCCCAGCCCUAGCCCCCCACCCAAAAAAUUACUUUUUCAACCCUGAAAACAUGGGGUUUUUGUCAACUUUCAAACCUUCUUCACUUUUGGUAAAGUACAAUGUAGCCAUAUGCUCAUGCUGGGCCCUUAAAUGUUUUUUUUGUGAG